AUGUCCAGUCUGGCCGCGGCCCGCGCCGACAACUUCUACUACCCGCCGGGAUGGCGGCCCGAGAUGGGCGGUAUCAACAAGUUCCAGAAGUCUCAUCCGCUCGGGAAGCGGGCCAAGGACAUCAAGGACGGUAUCCUCGUCGUCCGCUUCGAGAUGCCCUUUGAUGUCUGGUGCAUGCACUGCGAGACGCACAUUGGGCGCGGCGUGCGCUACAAUGCCAAGAAGACCAAAGUGGGCAUGUAUCACUCGACGAUCCUGUACGAGUUUGCGCUCAAGUGUGCGACGUGCCAAGGCAUCAUGCUUGUCCAGAACGACCCGCAGGCCUGUGGCUACAAGCUCGUAUCUGGCAUCCGCAAGAAGACACAGGUGGACGACAUUCCGAUCGGAUCGCACGACGACGAGACCAUCGAGGCUCUGAACGCGCCCGAGGUCGGCAUCGCGAUGGCCGCCGACCCGUUCUUCAAGCUCGAGCACGAGAAGAAAGACCGAACCGUGGCCAAGAAGCGCGCCGGGGCGCUCGAGAGCCUCCUCGCACUCAACGACAAGGUGUCCGACCAGUAUCAAUCGAACGCCAACCUCCGCGCCAGCUUUCGCGCCGAGAAGAAGGUGCUGAAGCGCAAGGCCGACGAAGCCCGCCGACUCAACGUAUCGAUUCCGCUUCUGGACGUCCACAUCGACGACGUUGUGGCUGCCAAGACGGCUGUCUUUACGAACCUGACCAAACGCGCCAAGAAGACUGGCACCACUGCGCGGCGCCCCGCCACGAAGGACCCGUUCGCCAACUUUGGAGCGUCGUCGAGCUUGCCACGUCACUCGACAUAUCACACGCAUCGCAAGCAUUGA